AUGCUGCACUUGCUCGCCACCGGCACCGCGCACAACGUCAACGCACGGGCACUGAUACUGAACACAGCCGCCUCCCUGGUAGGCUCAGCCGUCACGAACAUCGCACGGCGCACGCGCGACGUAUUUGCCAUCGGGCCUUUACACGCAGCGUCACCGGCGCCGGCGGUGGCCUCCAGCCUGUGGCGCGAGGACGACGGGUGCACAGCAUGGCUCGACGGCCACGCCGACCGGUCCGUCGUGUUCGUGAGCUUGGGAAGCCUCGCCGUGAUCUCCCACGAGCAGUUCACGGAGUUCCUGUCUGGUCUCGUCGCCGCGGGCUACCCUUUCCUCUGGGUGCUCCGGCCGGACAUGGUCGAGGCAGGAGGACAGGACUCCGCGCUCCGAGAAGCCAUCCGCGCCGUCGGAAGCAAGAACGCGCGCGUCGUGCCGUGGGCGCCGCAGCGAGACGUGCUUGGGCACCGCGCCGUCGGGUGCUUCCUGACGCACGCCGGGUGGAACUCGACGCUGGAGGGCAUCGUCGAGGGCGUGCCCAUGGUGUGCUGGCCCUUCUUCGCCGACCAGCAGAUCAACAGCCGCUUCGUGGGCACCGUGUGGAGGAACGGGCUGGACAUGAAGGACGUGUGCGACAGGGCCGUCGUGCAGAGGACGCUGAAGGAGGCGAUGGAGUCCGAUGUGAUCAAGGGCUCGGCGCAGGCGUUGGCGCAGCAGGUGAGGCGGGAUGUCGCCGGUGGGCGCUCGUCGCCGGUGGAACUUGAGCGGCUCGUCAGAUUCAUAGAGGAGCUCAGCACACCCGAGCCAUUACUGAUGAGUAGGAUGAAUGGAGAGUAG